AUUAAAUGAUUAAACGUUAAAUCUGGUAAGUUAUGUUUACCUUAAUCAAGUGUAAUGAUAAAACAAUUAGCAAAUCAAAUAGUGAAUUAAUUUAAUUGUGGCAAAAAAAACUAAAUCAUCAUACAAAUUAUGAUUUAAUUACUUAAUUGUUUUGAUUUCUUUUUGUUUUGUUAUUUGUUUGUAAAUGAAAUCAGUUCGUUGGACUUGAAAAAUUGUUGAUUAACUAAAUUUAGUUAAGUUUGACACCCUUUUUGAUUAAAAUGAAUUGAUUUCAAUUUAGUUUCUGUGUGUAGGUUGAUUAACUAGUUUUGGGGUUAAUUGUGAAGCCUCUUGAAAAUAUAAUCUUAAUAACAAUCAGUUAACAAUCAACUUACAAUCAAAUCACAUACACACCAAAUAGGGUUUUAGUAUAUCAAGUCAAUAUGAUUUUCCGGUUUUAAUUAUAUAAUUUAUUAAAUGAUCAACACAACAAUCAGUUGAUUGGCCAGAAAAAAAGGACAAAGUUGAAAAAUGUGACCAAAUUGUAGUUUAAUUAAGUUACAAUUAACUGUGAAAAUGUGAAUAUCAGAUGUUAAUUGUUGUUCUAGAAGCGAAACAAUUUAAAUUGUGUAUUUAAAAUAUUGUUUAUUCCCUGUUAAUUGUUAGUGAUUUAAGUGAUUAUUAUUGUUUACAAUCAAACUGUUCACCUGAAGGAAACAAUUAAGUAACAAUCAAGGUCUUAAUCGUGAUUAAUUUAAACAACAUGCCUUGUCUUGGUAAUUGUUUAGGAUCUUCAUCAUCUGAAUCAGUUGAUUUAAGGAAACAAUCAACUCGCCAUCGAUUGUCAACAAUUAACGAAAAUAAUGAAACCAAUUUACCAAAAGCUGAAAGUUACAAAAAAUUAAGAAACAGUUUCCUGGGAGCUGAAGUUAAUCAACCAAUUACGACAAUUAAGGAGACUGAUUUUUCACCACCAACAACAACAAUCAAUAAAUUAACGGAUAAAAAGAAAACAAUUAAAAGUAAAAAAUUGUCAACAAUUAACAAGAAUCAUGAAACUCAUCCAAAGAUAAUUUAUCUUACAGAUACUCGGGAAGUUGAAGAUGAUUCAAUUGUUGAGCCGAUGGGGAAUGGCAGGGAAAUAAUUAGCAUGGAACCACUUGAACCGUUAUUACCUCCAGCUCGUGGAGGAGCCGAUGAACCAGGAAGCCGACGAAAUUUUCCACCAUCACAACCACCACCACCACCACCUCCUCCUCCACUGCCCACUGGUCAUCAUAAUAAUCCUGGUGACAUGGAGACACCAUUAUUACCGCCACUUCCUCCUCCACCUCCAUCAUUUGGGUCAAUGGAUUUCAAUUUAUACGCCGCCAAGAAAAACAUUUCCCAAGGUCUAAUCGAUAUCGCCUUAUUAACGGCUAACUUUUCACAGCUUAAAUUUAUCCUCUCAAAAGAUCCUCGACUUGACCCCGACUGGACCAAAGGUGGACCCGAAGUUUUCAACGCGAUCAACUUAAUCCUAAUCUGCUUCUCAAUCGGCCUUCAAAUCUUAGUUGGAAUCGCUCUCCUCCUUUCCUCUCGCCUCAAUCUUAACGAUGACAACGGCCGCCGACGACGAGCCGAAACCUGCAACACUUUAAUCAUUGUCUGUGUUUUCAUCAUCACCGUAAUCAAUAUAUUCAUCGUAAUCUUCCUAGAUGGACACGAUGAGUUCGAACUCGUCUAAAAUAUCCAUUCCUUUGAAUCACCCAAACGCCUUAAUCCAGAUCCAUUAGAUUAAAAUGGAUCUACACAGUCGAUUAAUUUUCAAUUACAUUUUUUUCACUUUAUUCAAUUCAAUUUAUUCCAAACAAUUUAAUUUCUCCUUUUUUUUGUUGUUCAAUUGUUGACAAUUAACAAUAAAAAAAACCGAUUCCCUUGCCUUUUUCAUGGGCCACAAUCAAACAAAACCAAUUCAAUAAUGAUAAUCAUGAUCAUAAACGAUUGAACAACAAAAUAUGAUUUAAUUUAAUUGAUUAUUUGACUGAAAACUGAUUUAAAACAUCAGAUUUGUUAACCUUAUACAAUUCAAUGAGUACGAUUAAUAUUAUUAUGAUAAUUCAAUGGAUUUAAACAGAAUCGAUAUAUGAAAUAAAAUUCUAAUGAAAAAAGUUUUUUUUAUUCUUCCA